CAGCCCAGAGGGUAGAUACCACUCGCGUGGAGUUCACCAUCUCCCUCAGAGAGAACUGGUCUUUACCCUUCCUAGCGCUGCAGGUUGCCGCUAUCACCUGUUACCUCAGGCCUCAGCUCACCUCCUUACAGCAGAAGGUGAUGGUGUGGUUGAUGUACGUGACAACGUUCUGUUUCUGUCUAACGUGGCAGUUCAACCAGUUCAUCCUGCUUGUUCAGGCUCUCAUCAUAUACACUCUGGACUGUGUCGACUUUUUAACAACUACACAGGUGACCACUAUGUACCUGGUUCAAGUGAGCAGUCUGCUGAGUGUGUGGCUCCUCCAGUUCUGUAACUCCAUGAUACUGGGAUCACUGGUCCUAAGCUUCAUCGUAGCUGCGCUCUUCAUCAGACACUGCCAG